AAUAAAAUAAAAACCAUGGCUUUAUUGAGACCAUUUUAUGAUCUACUAGACGCAUAUUUAAUGCAACUAUAUUCAAAUCCGAUUCUAACAAAGUCAAUAACAAGUUGUGUAAUAUCAACAAGUGGUAACUUUGUUGCCCAAUAUAGUUCAGGCGCGAAGUCAAUAAAUCGACAUACGCUUUUAGCGUUUUUUUUAUUUGGUUUAUUUUUUGGUGGUAUAAUUCCUCAUUACUUUUAUACUUAUCUUGAACUAUUCGUACCAGGAGCAGUUACAAGUGCGGUAAUAACAAAAAUUGUAAUUGAACGUUUAUUAUUUGCACCGGCGUUUACAGCAUUUACAUUGUAUAUACUUACAUGCUUAGAAGGAAAAUCACACAAUGAAGCUUUCAGGCAAUUAAAAACAGUUUUUUCACCGAUUUUAUUUGCUAAUUGGAAAUAUAUAAGUGCGAUACAUCUAUUAAACUUUUGUGUAGUUCCACCACUAUUACAAGUACUUAUUGGAAAUUUUGUUGGAUUCUUUUGGGUGGUAUAUUUAGCCAACAAAAGAAAUUGUAGACAAGAAAAAAAAUUAAAAUAAAUAAACAUUUUUAUAUUACAGUAAAACCUCCAUAGUUCAAAUGUUGAGUUAUAGAGGUUCGUAAUAAUUGGCGCUACCAGCGGAAGAGCCACUUCAUAGUUUUGUGCACAAAACUUACACUUAUUUAUCUACCAUAGUAAGAAAAAUUCCGAUUCAGGAAUAGAAAAUUUAAAUUUUCUAUUCAUUGCAAUUGAUUUCUUA